AUGAUGCUGAGUAACAAAGACGAAGAAAAAAAGUAUCAGGAUAUUAUCACGGAAAAGUUAAGAGAAUUAUUAGGAGAAUAUGAAGUAGAUAUACUGACCGAGUAUGUUUGGCAUAUGGCAGGGAAUGCCAAAAGUAGCCGUGAAUUUAUGUGUAACGAAUUGAAGGAUUUCCUGGGAGAUCAUACUGUUGUAUUUGUCAAUUGGUUAACAAAAUUUAUGGGUGACAUCAAAAAACCAUUGAAGAGUGAAUGUUCAUCUAAGAAUGAUAAGUUAUACAAAUGUGGUAGCGACAGGGAUAGGCAUAUCGGAGAGACUUCGAGAUCUAAUAGGAGUAGAGAAUCCAAAUCAAGGUAUUCCACCACGCAAGGAAAGAGAACAAAGGAUCAUCAAAGGGACUAUGAUUCGUAUAGAAAAGAUAUGUCAACUACAAGAAGGAGAUCCAGAAGUUACAGAAGUAGAAGCAGUAGAUACUCAUUGAAUGAUGCAGAUUCAUUUAAUAGAAGAAGGACUAGGAAAAGACAAAGAGGAGGAAUAAGUAUGAGAUCUAUAUCGUCAAGUGUGAAUACAAGAAAAUUUCAUUAUGAUAAUAACAGAUCUAGAACGAGAAAAAGUGACAAAGAAAUGGAUAGAAUGAAAAUAAGGGAUGAUAACAAAUACAGAAGAGUAGGAAGAAGUGGCACGCACUCGAUAUCCCCAAGUAGAGUUAUUUACGUGGAAAAGGAGGAAGAAAAAAAAAGGAGGAAUAGCGAGGCUUUGCAAGAUGUUCCUAAGCACAGAAGCGAUUUGGAAGCCAAGAGGAUGAGCGACAGUGGAGAUGAACAUAAUUCUAGCGAAAAGAGGAAUAAAGCCAUUUUAAAACCUAAUCCCCGAUUCGGAGGUGAUAAGCAGAUUCCGCUUUUGCAACCAUACAUCUCGAGUAUGACCAAUAAGGAAAAGGGGAAUUAUCGUAUGAACUACCUUUAUGAAAAUGCAAAUGCACAAGGAAAUAUCGAGAAAGGAAUUAACAACACGAGUGGAAAUUACCAUCAAACAAAUUUCAUGAUGACACAACAGAACAUAGUAGAUAUCAGCAAAACUAGUAGUAACAACUUUAUCCCUCCGAGUAUCCAUAAUAACAGUUACAUUAAUAAUAGACUUUCUCACAACAGCACAAAUCAUCAAAACCACUUACCUUUUAAUGUUAAUAUGAACACCAGAGGUAUUCACCAUCCCCCCUCAAAUUACAUGACCCCUAAUAGCACACAGAACUCAAGGAGUAAUCAAAAUAAUAUGUUUUUUUCAAAUAGUGUUACAAAAAAUAAUUACAAUGAGAAGAUGACCAAACCGAUGCCACCUCCUCCUUCGUUUAUCCCUCCAGCAACGUUUACUGCUCCAUCCUUUACGCCACCAUCCUUUAUUCCACCAUCUUUUAUUCCUCCAUUGAAUAAGAGGAAGCAACAUUUUAACACUCAUCAUGUGACUGCCGAGAGAUUACCUACAAAGGAACAGCAGCAGCAACAGCAACCAUUUCACAUGUCCCAAACAUCAUCAAAUCAUACAUUUAUAUCACAAAAAAAUACACAGAAUUCGCAAUUUAGUAUGGUAAAAAAUGACACAACAAUUUCCCAGAACGAUAGUAAUCAGAUCCCCCCAAUGCUGCAAAGAGGAGGAGAAGGUGGUGCCCAUUCAAGCGGUGAUAAUAUUGUUAGUACUAAUGGAUUUAUGAAUAUAGACGCAACCAAGGGAACCAACCCAGAUGAUCAAGCAGAUAUCAAAAAUACAGUUGUAAAGAUUCCAAAGAAAUGUAUCUAUCUGCCAAAUUGUCAAUAUGGAGAUAAGUGUCGUUACAUUCAUCCUGUUGAAAACUGUCGAAACUGGCCUUAUUGUGCCUUUGGAUCGGAGUGUAUUUACAUCCACCCCAACGUGCCCUGCAAGUUUGGAUUGUAUUGUGCGAAUUACUAUUGCAACUACUCUCAUGACCACGUGGAUACAACGAAUUUACCUGAAAUUGGAAUUAAUGGCUAUUUUCUAAACAAAAAACUAAUAAAUAAUAAUGAUAAGGUGAAUAAUAACAAUGCAAAUUUUGAUGAUAAGGUAGCUCAAAUUUCAAUCAGCAUGCCGAAGACACCACCAGAAAUGAAAAAGGACAAUAAAAUGAAAAAUGUAUAUAACGAAAAUGAAUACAUACAAAACAUUUUAGAUUUAGAAAGACAAGGAUUAAAUGAAGAUACCAAAACACAUGAACGUGUUCAGAAUGAUAAUUUAUUAGAGUCAACCGAGGAAGGUAAAAUUGGAAACGAAACUCAUUUGGACAAUUCAAAUCAAGUGCUUAAAGAUUCUUUUUUACAUCUUAAUGAAGGAGGAGGAGAAGAAUCCCAUCAAGUUGUGAAUAAUAAUGACCCACAAGAAAAUGCUACAAAUGAAAAGGAACUCCUAAAUUACAAUUGUUUUGACAUUGUAGUUAACCCGGAAAAUGCACAGGGAAGUGAUUUACCCAGCGAUGUCAACCGGGUUGCACCAGGAGAAAUGGGAGAAGCGGGAGAAGCGGGAGAAGCGGGAGAAGCAGGAGAAGCAGGAGAAGCAGGAGAAGCGAGAGAAGCGGGAGAAGAAGCAGAACAAAAAGAAGGGGGUAAUUAA